UUCGGAGUAUCAUAUGAUGCACAGGCAUCAACACCAGGUGAUUGAUGAAUUUAAAAAUCGAGAUUUCGAUCGAUAAACGAGAGAAAUCGAGUUUAAUGAAUGAUUUGGCACAUGGCAAUGAUUUUCAUAGUUUCUGGGGAGUCUUGGAGGUUCUGUGGUGUGAGAUACUAGGUUAGGUUGUUGAUCAUAAACGAUAACUCAUUGUCAUAGUGCUUGCAAGGGAUUUUUUGACCCACGAAUGUUCAGCACUGAGAUAUUGAAUUAUAUCUUGGAUAAGAAAUGUUCUCGUUGUUACGCAAGCUAUCGAUCGGGAGCAAAGUCAAAGAUGGUUUGAUGCCUGAUCAGAUGAUGGGGACGGCCAGGGAUUUGACUGAUGAGAAGAAUCAAAACUGUUUUAUUGUGGAUGCCUCGGAGCUCAAGGAGACUGUCUACGAUCUUCUCAGAACAAUAAAGGACCCAGAGAAGCCUCAAACCUUGGAAGACCUGGACGUAGUCUACGAAGACUGUGUAAGUGUAACUCAAGGAAAAUCCAACGACAGCUACGUAAUUCGUGUUGAAUUCAAUCCAACUGUUCCCCACUGCUCCCUGGCCACACUCAUUGGACUAUGCAUUAGAGUUAAAUUGGAGCGGAAUCUGUUGGCAUCAUUUAAACUGGAUAUUUUCAUCAAGAAGGGAGCCCACUCCACCGAGGAUGAAAUUAAUAAACAGAUAAAUGAUAAAGAGAGGAUCGCAGCUGCUAUGGAGAACCCAAACUUGAGUGAUUUGGUGGAGAAGUGCAUCAAGGAGGACGAGUAGAAGUGAUUAAUUCAAAGUUGAGAAUAUUUUAUAUUGAUUUGGGAGGGGAAUUAAGAGGACGAUGAGGGAAUUCCUCUUGGAGAAAAGGUCUUGGGAUUGAACAAAGAUUAUGGAAUGUUCAGGGAAUUUUUUACAGAAUGAUUACGGUAUUUAUGGGGUGAGCAGAGAGAAUUUUAAAAAGUCAGGAGAUUGAUAUUCUGUGACAUCUUUUCUUUGAAAUAGCUUUUUCUAAUUAUUUUUUUUGUUUUCCCUUUUUCUUCGAUUUCUUGGAUUUUUUAUUUCUAGCUCGAAGGGCUGGGAGGAUACUCCGCCACCAGCGUUGUAUCUUCUUCACUGCAAUAGUCCUCGAAAUGAGCUCGAGCUUUUCUCGUAUUUCCGCCAAUUUAGAUUCCUCUUGUUCGUUAAAACAGGAGUCAUACAAGUAUGAUUGUUCUUUCAUAUCCUCCUGUUGAAUAAAUUUAUUAAACUCCUCAAAAUCGGAUAGUUCGAAAGAAUUGUGAUUUUUUAGAAAUUUCAUACUUCUAAUUUAUCAAUUUUGGUCGUGAGAUCGUUCAGGACGGAUUGAAGAUCAGAAACGGUUUUUUUCCUCGCACCAAUUUCUGUGUCAUAUCGAGUCAAUAGUGACAGGAAUUUCGCUGACAUUUUCAACCUUAAUUAACGAAGAAUUAGGUUUAUAACUUUUUUAUUGUUUGAUAUCCAUACUAACUUCACCAGUGAUACAAUAUUUUCUGAACAAAAAAAUGUGAAUAUUUUAUUUAUUAUUAAUAUUGCGAUUUAGUUGAACUUUUCAUGCCUUGAUAAUUUUCCCUAUAAUUAAUCAUUAUGGUAAUCAAGAAAUAAAGCUCCCUACCUUUUCUGAAACAUCUCGUGCUCCAAGUUUCGAAGGCUAAGCUGAAAAUUCUUCAAUUUAUUCUUGGAAAUUCCACAAAUCUCUCGCAAAUCAUUUCUCCUAUCCUCGGAUUGUUUAUAUUCAUUAAGUUGCGUACGCUCGAACUUUAGUCUGUACAUAGUAACGAUGUUAAAAUGAUUUUUAUACAAUAAAGGAAUUUUGGGAA